AUGGUCGACUAUUCGAAGUUCAACAAUAUUGAAGAUAGUGACGAGGAGCCGAUCUGGCAAACAGAGGCGUCCCAGAAGUACCAAGGCUUGUCGCAGAAGGUGCUGGCGGAGCUCAACGAAGGUGCCGUCCGACUCCAGCAGCGCGACAGGCAUUGCCAUUGCUUCCUCGAUUUCUCUGUGGACACGUCCAACCUUAAAUGCUACGAGCAGGAGAUGCUCGAUUCCGGGGCAAAGACCCCUGAGAAUCGGUACCUGGGCAGGGUCGUCAUCGAGUUGGACCAGGUCGCUCACGCACCGAAGCUGUGCGAGAACUUCCGGCUUCUCUGCACGGGAGAGCGGGGCAACGGUGUGGGCGGGAAGCGCCUGUGCUACCAGGGGCGAUCACUGGACUACAUUUUGCCGAAGUACUGUGUGCAGGCUUCCAUACCCAACGAGUAUUCGUGUUGGGGAUCAUACCUGCCCGACGAGAGGCUCGUGCUGCCAAACACCUCGUUUGACAGGCCAGGCCUCCUUGCAGUAGGCAACCACGGCGCGAACACGAACAGUUGCACUUUCAUGAUCACGUUAAACGAAGCCGACCACUUGGAUGGCUUCAACCAGAUCAUUGGACGAGUAGUUCGUGGAAUGGAGGUGCUGCGCCUCAUCGAGGGCCUUCCCACAGACCGCAAGACCUCGUCCUAUGCAGAACGAAACGUCAAGACGCACUGGGGAGGCCGACCCAUGGUUGAUGUGAUCAUCGAGAGCUGCGGUGAGAUCACGGAGGAGCAGAUUGCCGUGCCCAAGCCGGCAGAUGGCGAUGCCUUCCCGGCACAUCCAUUGGACUUCUCUGUGAAGAGCGAGCCCUCCGAGCUGAUGUUCGCACAGGAGCGCAUCCGUGAGAUCGGCAACGAAUACUUCCGGAACAACCAGUACAAGCAGGCCCUGGAGAAGUACAACAAGGCACUGGCAUAUCUGGAGCCGCUGCUGAAGAAGCAGAACCUGAAGGAGUUCGCCGAUCAAGAAGCCUCUACUAUGCUGGCUGGUGGCGUUCGCCCGAAGGAUCGCACGGAACCUGUCAAGGCUGAGGCGGCACUGAAACUGAACGUUUGCCAGGUUCUGCUCGCCAUGGGCGAAUGGCAGGGUGCAAUUGCCGUCGCC